UGAAGGGGAAAGUCGGUAAAGGCGGACACUGCGGGUAAGAUGGACACUUUCAAAAUUUCACAAACUAGAAUGUUUUAUGGAAAUUUGUUGAUGCAGAUAUUUUCUUUAUAAUAUGUCAAUACUUUUGAGACGCUCUGUUGAAUCACAGCAAGCGAGCUGUCAAAUUUGUUAACAAAAUAAACAUUUUCUUCGUGGACGUGCUAUUCGAUAUAGUUUCUACUCUACAGAAAAUAGGAAAAAUCUAGUGAAACUUCUGUGUUUCGUGUGUUUCAGACAGCAAUUACAAUUCAAUACGUCUUUUACUUGAUAACUGGUGAGAAUCCAGCGGUUUUUCGACGUUUCAGUACAGAGCUACGAUUGAUUGAAAAAAUUGCAGCCAGGUCGGGCAAGACGGACACAUUAAGAUGCCAACAAAAUACAUUCGUAAAAGUAAUCGGCAGUCAUGGACCACUCAGCAAUUGGAACAGGCCAUAAAGGCUGUUAAAAGUGGAUCACCAGUGAAAACAGCUGCGGAGAACUAUGCAGUUCCACGAACCUAGCUAAUUCGCCACCUGGCGGAGCCAGUUGUAUUAUCUCGAUUAGGACCACUUGAUUCCGCGUUCAAUCCCCAACAAGAAAAGGAGCUGGUACAGCAUCUACUGGAUUCGGAAAAGAGGUUCUAGGGAAUCACAAUAACCAACGUUCGAAAGCAUUUGAUUUGGCCGAUAAAAACGCAUUAAGGCACCCAUUCAACAAAUCUACCAAGAUGGUAGGAAGAGCUUGGCUAAGUAACUUUUUAAAACGAAAUCCCGAAUUGACUUUUCGUAAACCUGAAGCUACCUCUGCUGCCCGAGCAAGGGGCUUCAAUAAACCUUCUGUGUAUGCAUUUUACGAUUCACUGGAAGAAACGCUAAAGGAUCCUAAGUUUACGCCUGAUAGAAUUUUAAACGCCGAUGAGACUAGUGUUUGUACUGUCCCUCCCAAGAAGGUUAAAGUGGCAGCACUAAAAGGCAAAAAACAAGUGGGUGGCAUUACAUCUGCCGAACGCGGGGAAACAGUCACAGCCGUAAUGUGCAUGUCAGUGACUAGACAGCACCUCCCACCGUUUUCCAUUUUUCCUCGUCUGCGGAUGCACGAAACUUUAAAAAAAGGGGCACCACGUGGAAGCAAAUUUGCAUUUAACGCAUCAGGUUACAUGACAGCCGAGAUUUUCAAUGAGUGGUUUAAUCACUUUUUGGAGUACGUGAAACCAUCUGAAGACAAACCUGCCUUGCUUAUAAUCAAUGGUCACGCGUCGCACACGAAGAACCUAGCUUUCACCGAAACAGCUAGAGCUAACUUCGUUAAGGUUCUUGUUUUACCUCCCCACACUAGCAAUAAACUGCAACCGCUUGACGUGUCUUUCAUGGCACCCUUCAAAAUUACUCACAAGAAGUAGAUAAUUUCCUCCAGCAAAAUCCAGGUAAAGUUGUCAGACAAUAUGACAUCGUCAAGCUAAUGAAACCGGCAUUCAUCAAAGCGGCUACCCUGG